AUGUGUUCUGAUCAUACUGAUGGAUCUCAAGUCCCUCCGCUUCCGCCCAAUCUAGAUCUAAAUGAUAAAGCUGAGACAUUGAAUCCACCAAUUCCACCAUCUCGGAAAAAGAAAAACAGAUCACCUUCUGACGAUAGGUCAGAAUCAAAAUUAGGUGGUUCUAAAAAAGUUGUUAUCCUCGAUCCAAAAGGGACUGAUUCUGACAAUGAUGCAAUCGAGUCCAAACCUGUCUCUGGGCAUUCAAAUUUAUCUGCUGUGGAUAGUGCAGAGGCUGGUUCUGUAACCACAAAUGACACCGCUGCAAGUGAAGCUGCUAAAAUAAAGGAAGAACGAAAGAAAGAGAAAGAAAAGAAAAAGGAACAGGAGAUGUUAAAGAAGUACAUAGCCGAACAAGAGGCUAAGCAAAGAGUCAUUGGAUAUUCAAAGGGUGGGAGAUGGCUGAAAAAUAGUGUCAAGAUUGGUGAAGGUGGUUACAAGUUUGUUUAUCGUGGAUAUGAUAGGCAUGAUGCCAAAAAUGUUGCUUGGUGUGAGUUCAAACACGAGCAUGUUGAUACCAAAGAAAAACGUCAGGUAAUGUUUCGUGAAACGGAGAUUAUGCUCAAGUUGAACCAUCCAAACAUUGUUCAAUGUUACGAUGUUUUUCGAGAGUGGAUUAGUGAGGAGACUGUUGAUAACCCUAUUGACGAGAAGGGACUCAUUAUUGUUCAAGAAUUGAUGUCUGAAGGAACUCUAAAACAAAUGAUAAAGAAAAAUUUCGUCAAUGGAGAGUGUAUUCUCAAGUUCCAAUUGAUUGUUCGGUGGUGGCAUCAGAUUCUGGAUGCGCUGAGAUAUUUACACGUUCAUUGUGAAGAACCCAUCAUUCAUAGAGACUUGAAAUCCGAGAACUGUUUCCUUUACGGCACUUCUAAUGAUGAUUAUAUCAAUGUGAAGGUCGGGGAUUUUGGUUUGGCAACUCAGGUUGGGAGCAGUGGAAGAAAAACUAUGCUUGGUACUGUUGGUUUCAUGGCUCCAGAAAUAUUUGAUGAAAUGUACGAUGAGAAGGUGGAUAUUUACGCUUUUGGAAUGCUAAUGCUUGAGGUAAUGACUAAUCGAACACCCUACGAUGAAUGCGCUACACUAAUCGAUGCCGCGGCAAAGACAAUGUCAGGUCAUGGGCCAGAGAUUAUGCAUCUUAUCAAUAAUCCCAACAUUGCUGUUGUCAUCUCCGCUUGCAUACACCCACUAGCUUGCUUUAGACCUACUGCUGAGGAACUCUUUUGCCAUCCUCUCUUCCAGCCGAAAGUUAUGCCCGUUGAAGUUGAACCCAACUACGAACCGGGAGCAGAUCGAGCCGAAGUAUUGGAGAGAUUUGUUAAGUCAUUGGCUAACACGGAGACUCGAAAUCCUCGCUUUAACUUGCGUCUUCGCUUUCGAGAUCGCAAAAUGCUUCAAGAAUUGGGACUGGACGAUGGCGAGUCUCUGGAAUUCGAUCUGGACAUUUAUAAGGCUGAGGACCAAGACAUUCCUGAUCUCAUUUCAAAUUUGCGUCGAGAUUAUGAGGACAAGUUGUCACGAGCCUUUGAAAAUCCCAAGAUCACGGAUAGGAAAAUUAUCACCAAUAGCCUGGAUCGCCUAUUCAAUAGCAUUCGAAUGCAGAUGCAAUUUCUGGUUAAGUGUUUGUUGGGUAGGCGAUGGAAGGAUAUUUUGGACUCAUUGACAACUACUGAAAAGGCCGCUGCUGUUAAAUCAAAGCCAGAGGGUGUGGAAGGUGGAAAUCCUGAUUCUUCUUCAGAUUCGGACAGUAAUAUCUCCGACGUUUGCAGCAACUUCGAGAUAAUCGCCAAGUGUAAAUCCAAGUGGUCCAAAGCGAAACGUAUGUUGGAUCGUGAGAUCAUGACCUAUCGCCGAGCAGCUGCUCUCAGUCAGGAAGGCUCUCUCCCCAUUACUAGCGAAACUCAAUCGAUUGGAAGCAUCUUAGCGGCCACAGCUCAGCCUACCGGUCCUACAGGGGCUCCUUCACCAGCUGUUAUCAAUAGCCCUGACGGUCUUGUCCCCCUUGAUACGCAGUCGACCGAGGGCCUUAGUGACGGAGGUUACGUAACUCCAACGACUUCAACCGUCUACAUAUCCACCGGCAGUGGUCAGCAGGCUGUGAAUAGUUUCAUUGCGCUUUGCAUUAGGGGGAUAUUCCCAUGUCGAUAUCACCUCACACUGCAUGGCUGUGUUAUGACGUGUUCACAUACAACCGACGAGCCAGCCAGCCAGUCAGCUGGCCAGUCUGUUAGUGUCGCUUCAGAAAAUUCGAGUUAUUGGCCUUACAUUUGUCAAGUCGUAAGUGCCCGUGGCGACCAUACUACUGAUAAUACAUAUGCGUCUAAUGCAAUCAUUCAGGCUCAUGCAUUUUAA